AUGGAAGCAAUUUCUCAAAAAGUAAAGGAAAAUGAAGAUGCCGAAAUUGUGGUGGUCACAAAUAUGGCUGUGAUUGUCCUUUUCUUUCCAAAUAAUUAUGAAAACAUUAGCCCUAGACCCGGGAGGCAAAACCGGCAUAUAUUACCAAAAUGA